AUAAUAAACAACAAUGGCUGCCAUUUCUUCAAGCAGACCGUACCACGUUAUUAUCUUCGGUGCCACGGGCUUCACCGGCAAGUUCGUUGUGGAAGAAGUGGCUCGAUACGCUGCCGAGAGUCCCGGGGGUGUUACGUGGAAAUGGGCAGUGGCGGGGAGAAGCAGAAAACGCCUGGAGGAGGUGUUGGAGGAAGCGGCAGGAAGACUGUCGAUGCCGGAGCUGAGGACUGAUGUGGAAGUCAUCGUUGCUGAUGUCUCUAUUGAAGACUCUCUGGCCACCAUGUGCCAACAAGGCCUGGUGAUCCUCAACUGUGUGGGACCAUAUCGGUUUUAUGGCGAGCCUGUGGUCAAAGCCUGCGUGGAGAACGGAGCGCACUACAUCGACAUCUGUGGAGAGCCUCAGUUCCUCGAGCAUAUACAGCUUGAAUACCACAAAAAGGCUUUGGACAAAGGCGUGUAUGUGAUCGGCAGCUGCGGGUUUGAUUCCAUCCCUGCAGACUUGGGCAUCAUCUACACUCAAAGACAAUUCAAAGGAACGCUGACAGCAGUCGAGAGCUUCCUGUCAAUAAGCGCCGGUCCUGAGGGGAUGUGCGGCCAUCAUGCCACUUGGCAGUCAGCUGUGCACGGCUUUGCGGAUGCUGGAUCUCUCUUCAAGUUGAGGAAGAAGUUUGGCCACAAGCCGCUGCCUGUGGUCGGCGCCAAAGUGACAAAGAGGGGGUCGGUGUUUUUUAGCAAGGAGAUGGAGCAGUACGCCAUCCCAUUCAUGGGCUCCGACCCAUCUGUGGUCAAGCGAACGCAGCGCUUUCUUCACGAGGAGGAACACCUGUCUCCAGUCCAGUACACUGCUUACGUGGGGAUCGGGGGGCUGGUCUCCGUCGUGAAGUUCUUCUGUGGCGGCCUGCUCUUCUGGUUCCUGGUCAAGUUCAGGCUGGGCAGGAAAGUCCUCACUCAGUUUCCCUGGUUCUUCUCCUUUGGUUUGUUCAGCAAAAGCGGCCCAACCAUGAAGCAGAUAGAGGACACCUGCUUCAGCUUGACAUUUUUCGGGGAGGGUUACAAAGAGGGCUCCGACCCGUCACAGGGCCGACCUGACGCCAGGAUCUGCACCCAAGUCAUCGGGGCAGAGCCGGGCUACGUGGCGACGCCGUCCGCCAUGGUGCAAGCCGCUGUGACCCUGGUGCAGGAAGUUCACUCCCUACCCAAAAGGGGCGGAGUCUACACGCCGGGAGCUGCCUUCUGCAACACCAGUCUGAUCGAGAGACUCCAGAACCACGGCAUCAAGUUCUCAGUGAGACGCCAGUAACCAGGACCCUCAACUCGUCUGCAGCGAGGGUUCAGAUCAUGACUAACCACACUUUUCAAGGCGCCCCUGACAUUGAACCGAAGUCCUAUGCCGCCAUUUAUCUACACACUAACAUGCGUCAGGUGUGGUCACCCCAUUUCCCAUGCAUCAUCAUCAUCAUCAUCAUCAUCAUCAUCAUCAUCAUUUCCUGUGAAGAGAUCAACUUAAGUCGUGGGAAAUGAUCAUUUUAUUCUGCUAAAUUCAGUUGCUUGAUUGACAAACUAUUUCUGUUUAAAUUAUUGUUUAUUUAUUCACAGUUAUUUUCUUUCUUUAACUUUACUGUGACUGAAAAACAGGGAGGAAUCAACAGAAACAUCACAGAUUAUUGGAAGAUAUAAACAUUUGAAAUGAGCAGGUUGUCAUAACAUUGCUGUGUGAUUUUGUCAGUAAUCAGAAACUAUAAAGAGUAUAAAUAAAGAAGCACAAAAA